CGCGGCGUCAGUUGUUCGAGUACCGCCAGAGAUCACGGUACGCGAAAAGAUUGCCAGCCAUUCGGAAUUUCUCUCACGAUCGUCCUCGAUGUCGGACAGCGCCGAUAAAAGUUGUCUUUAAUUGAGAAUGCACGAUGACGCAGCGAAUAUAUCCGUUGUCCGCGAACCCUCACGAAGGUUCACUGGAUAUUCAAAUGGAGACGCUGAAAUUAAAUCACUCCCCCCACCGGGAAAAGAUCCUCUCGAGAUACACACAACAAGACAAGGAGAAGGAUAAAUAUGAAGCCGAAUAUAUGCUAGAGGAAAAUGGCAAAACAAUGGAAUUCGUGCCACCGCAAACGAAGGAGGAGGAUAAGUCAGCCUCACAGAAAUUAUCGCUGCCACCAGUGCCUUACUACAAACUUUUUCGAUUUGCAACCUGCGGCGAGUUGACGCUGACCAUCUUAGGCUUAAUAAUGGGCUCCUUAGUAGGGCUAUGUGUGCCAGUCGCUACGAUUCAAUAUGGUGAAUUCAGUACGCUAUUAGUGGAUCGUAAUAUGGAGAAUCAAGUGACCUCGCCGACCAUCAUGAUGCCAUGGUUCGGAGGUGGAAAAAUUUUGCCAGCUAAUGCGACUCGAGAAGAGAAAAUGGACGCUUUGUACGACGAUUCGAUCGCUUACGGCGUCUCUUGUGCGGCUUUAGCGGCAAUUCAAUUCGUCCUUGGCAUAUUGAUGGUCGACUUACUCAAUAUCGCCGCCUCGAGACAAAUCUCGAAGGUGCGCAAGAUGUUUCUGAAAGCCGUCCUAAGACAGGAUAUGGCAUGGUACGACACGAACACGUCGACCAACUUCGCCAGCCGGAUUACCGAGGACUUGGACAAGAUGAAGGAAGGGAUCGGGGAGAAGCUCGGCAUCUUCAUGUACUUGACGACCUCAUUCAUUUCUUCCAUCAUCAUCUCAUUCGUGUACGGUUGGAAAUUGACCCUAGUGGUGCUGAGCUGCGCGCCAAUCAUUAUAAUUGCCACUGCCGUGGUCGCCAAGGUGCAAAGUUCCCUGACGGCCCUGGAACUCGCGGCCUACGGCCAGGCCGGAAGCGUCGCCGAGGAAGUUCUAGCCGCGAUCAGGACCGUCGUGGCGUUCAACGGCGAGCAGAAAGAGGUGGAGAGAUAUUCCGAGAAGCUGGUGCCCGCGGAAAAAACUGGCACUAGGAGGAGCAUGUGGUCCGGAAUCGGCGGCGGAGUUAUGUGGCUUAUCAUAUACCUCAGCUACGCGCUGGCAUUCUGGUACGGCGUGCAAUUAAUCCUGGACGAUCGCCCGAAGGAGGUGAAGGAAUACACGCCGGCCGUAUUGGUGAUCGUGUUCUUCGGCGUACUUUCGGGGGCGCAAAACAUGGGCCUGACCUCGCCGCAUCUCGAGGCGUUUGCGGUCGCGAGAGGAUCCGCGGCCGCGAUUUUCCAAGUUCUCGAUCGCGUGCCGACGAUCGAUAGUCUGAGCAAGAGCGGCUCGCGGCUCGAGUCCGUUAACGGCGAGAUCGAAUUCAAGGGCGUCGAAUUUUUUUAUCCGGCGCGGAAGGACGUUUGGGUGUUGCGAGGCCUGAACCUGAAGAUCAAUCGCGGCGAAACGGUGGCGCUCGUCGGCGGUUCCGGAUGCGGAAAAUCCACCUGUCUGCAGCUCAUUCAGCGUCUCUACGAUCCGCAAGGCGGAAUGGUGCUUCUAGAUGGGGUCGACGUGUCUACGUUGAACGUUCAAUGGUUGCGCUCGCACAUCGGCGUGGUCGGUCAGGAGCCGGUGCUCUUUGAUACGACGAUACGGGAGAAUAUCCGAUACGGAAAUGACAGCAUUACCGAAGAGGAGAUGAUCAAAGCCGCGAAGGAAGCGAACGCUCACGACUUCAUCAGCAAACUGCCGGAGGGAUACGAUAGUCCAGUGGGCGAGAGAGGCUCUCAACUAUCGGGCGGACAAAAGCAAAGAAUCGCUAUCGCGCGUGCGUUAGUGAGAAAUCCGGCGAUCCUUAUACUGGACGAGGCAACGUCCGCUUUGGAUGUUCACAGCGAGGCGACCGUGCAAAGGGCUCUCGACGCUGCUGCAAAGGGAAGAACGACGAUUAUAGUCAGCCACAGACUCUCCACGAUCACGAAUGUCGAUAGGAUCGUGUUUAUUAAGAACGGAGUGCUCGUCGAGCAGGGUACCCACGAAGAAUUAAUGGCGCUCAAGGAACAUUAUUACGGAUUGCACUCCACUCACGCGAAUGUUCGGGCUCAGGAUAAAGCCACGAAAGCUGCCGCUAAAGUGAUAACAAGCCCGAAGAUGAAAAUGAAGCCGCAGCUGAAUAAGCAGUUUUCGACCAUGUCCUUGCAUUCUCAUCGUUUAUCUCUCGCGAGAUCCGAAUCCUCGCAGGAGGAAUUCGAAGAGCAGGAGAAACCUUAUGACGCGCCCUUAACGAGGAUAUUUGCGCUUAACAAGCCGGAAUGGUUAUAUAAUCUAAUUGGAUGUCUCGCGGCGGCGACGGUAGGCGCGUCGUUUCCGGCCUUUGCUGUGCUAUUCGGUGAAGUAUAUUACGUGCUGAGUCUCCAAGAUCCCGACGACAUCACCAGAAGGACCAUCAAUUUCUCGAUAUUAUUCAUCAUCGUCGGUAUACUAACGGGUAUCUGCACCUUUCUGCAGAUGUACACGUUCGGCGUGGCCGGGGUGAUGACGACGCGAAUAAGGAGGAUGGCGUUCACCGCGAUGGUCAAGCAAGACAUGGGCUGGUACGACGAGGACGCGAACAGCGUCGGUGCGCUUUGCGCGAGACUGUCAUCGGACGCGGGCGCCGUUCAGGGUGCGACUGGAACCCGCGUCGGCGCCACGUUGCAGGCCUUCUCGACCCUCGUCAUCGGAAUCGGACUGUCCAUGUACUACACGUGGAAGAUGACCCUGGUCUCGGUGGUGUCGAUUCCCCUGGUUCUCGGCGCGGUCUUCUUCGAAGCGAGAGUAAUGGGCGGCCAGGGAAUGCAGGAAAAGAAGAAGAUGGAGGCGGCCACGCGAAUCGCCGUGGAAGCCAUCAGCAACAUCCGCACGGUCGCCAGCCUCAACAAGGAGGAGCGCUUCUUCGACAGGUACUGCGUGGAACUGGACCACGUCGCCAAGGCGACCAGGAUCAGGAAUAGAUUGAGGGGCGUCGUGUUCUCGUGCGGACAGACCGCGCCCUUCUUCGGCUACGCCAUCAGUCUUUAUUACGGCGGCUAUCUGGUGGCCCGGGAGGGACUGAGUUACGAGAAUGUCAUCAAGGUGUCGGAAGCGUUGAUCUUCGGCUCCUGGAUGCUCGGUCAGGCGCUCGCGUUCGCGCCCAACUUCAACACGGCGAAAAUCUCGGCCGGCAGGAUCUUUCGGCUGCUCGACAGAGUGCCGGAAAUCAGCUCGCCACCGGGAUCGGAGGGGAAGAAUCUGGACUGGAAAGCGGACGGUUUCAUUCAAUUCUCGAAAGUCGACUUUCACUAUCCGACGCGGCCAGAGAUGUCGGUGCUCAAAGGGCUGAAUUUAAUUGUAAAGUCCGGUCAAAUGGUGGCUCUCGUGGGUCAGAGUGGUUGCGGAAAGUCCACUUGUAUUCAGUUGCUACAGCGUCUCUACGAUCCGCUCGCUGGAACCGUGACGUUGGACCGACGAGACAUCGCGUCGGUCUCGCUGACCACGCUCAGGUCGCAACUAGGUGUCGUGGGACAAGAACCGGUGCUCUUCGAUAGAACGAUAGCUGAGAAUAUUGCCUAUGGCGACAACAGUCGACAGGCGACUAUGGAUGAGAUCAUCGAGGCCGCCAAAAUGUCCAACAUCCACAGCUUCGUGACUUCGCUACCCUUGGGUUAUGACACAAGAUUGGGAACGAAAGGCACUCAACUUAGUGGCGGGCAGAAACAAAGAAUAGCAAUCGCACGAGCGCUACUGAGGAAUCCACGAGUUUUGUUAUUAGAUGAAGCAACUUCAGCCCUCGAUACUCAAAGUGAGCAGGUCGUGCAAGCGGCUCUGGACAAAGCCAUGCAGGGCAGGACGUGCAUCACCAUCGCCCACCGUCUGGCCACCAUAAGAAACGCCGACGUGAUCUGCGUGCUUGACCGAGGCACCGUCGCCGAGAUGGGCACCCACGACGACCUGAUGUCAGCUGAUGGCCUCUACGCUCACUUGCACGCUGUUCAGGAAGCUUCCGUACAGUAAACGGAGGGCUCAGAUUACCGCUUUUUCCUCCCAUCGACGCGGUCACAUCGACAGGUUGAUGGUGCUCCAUUCGAAGAGACGAGAGGUAAUUCAAUUGGGAAAUCCGCGGAAGAAAGCGCGAGACUUGCCGGGAAUGGCACAGCCGGACUAUCGUCGGAAGAAUCGCUGAGGUGUAUCACUAGCGAUGGCCAGGCAUUUCGAAAAAACGGUCGCGUCAGACGAAGCAGAUUUUACUCGAAUCUCUAUCGCUGCUCCGUCCUUGUUGUGGCGAAGUCACGCGAAUCGAGUAUCGAUUUACUUUUGACGGAGAGACUCCACUCGGAAUUUUACCGUUCUUUGCGUCUCUCAAAUCGAUUUCUCUAACUAGUGACACGGGGAUAUUGAAUAAUCCUGUAUCUGUCACGACAGUUUCCCCAUUCAUCCUCUAUUGGAUUCAUUUACAGAUUAAACGAGAGCAUGAAGAGAAGUAGAUUUUACGAUAGUAAUAUUGAAAUUUCUUUUAUUUAAAAAAAAAUUAUUAAAUAAAAAAAUAUUUAUU